AUGUCGACGGCCCUACAGCUGCUGCUGCUUGGCGCAGCAGCGCCACUGCUACUGCUGCUACUGCUUCGACUGCUGCGUCCGUUCGUGCUGCUGUGCUGCUGUGACGGUCUGUCGCACGUGCCGUUGCCGACGCUGCUUCGCUUCAGCUUUGUGGUGCGGUUGCAGGCAGUGAGUUUGUGGCUCUCGGGCGUCUCGCCGGGUCUUCCAGCGAUCCCUACCGUCGAACAACUGCCUGGCGCCGUACUGCGCGUCUUGGGCGGCAAUCCAAGUCGACUGACGUUGAACGGCACGAACGUGUACGUGGUGGGCACGGGAUCGCGUCGGCUGGUGAUCGACGCGAGUGACGGCAAUGACACGUUCGUCAAGCGACUGCUGCACGUGUGUGAUUGCCACGACGUCCACGACGUCUCGGACCUGUUGAUCACGCACGGCCACUUGGACCACGUGGGCGGACUGCUGCAGCUGAAGCAGCGGUUCCCAGCGAUGCACGUGUGGAAGUACCUUCCAGUGGACGGGCGACGUGGAGACAGCGACGGCGACCGGCGAUUGCGACUCAAGAACGACGUGUGUCGACGGCUGGGGAUCCGACCGCUGGUGGACCAGCAGCAGUUCCACGUGCCAGGGACUUGUGGUGGCGUGUUGACGACCGUGUACACGCCCGGCCACUGCAAUGACCACGUGUGCUUUGUCUUAGACGGCGUCGCAGCGCUCAGAGCUCCUGUGCUGUUCUCGGGCGACUGCAUCGUGGGCGUCGGCAGCUGCCUGUUUGACUCGCUCGGCGACCUCAUGACAUCGCUGGAGAAGCUGAGUGCUUGCGAGGCUGCGACCAUUUACCCCGGGCACGGCCCUGUGGUCUACGAUGCACCGCUGAAGAUUCGCGAGUACAUUGCCCACCGACAGCAGCGCGAAGACCAAGUUCUGGCUGUGCUGACGGGGCACAGCGACCGUCUCGACGGCGUGUCGCUGUCCGAGAUCGUGGACAGCAUCUACGCGUCGCUGCCGUUUGUCCUUCGGCUGGCGGCGAAGAAGGCAGUCGACAAGCACGUGCAGAAACUGAUUGCCGACGGCCGUGUCCAGCACAUUCGUCCAGCGCGAUGGCACCAGUGCGCAACGUACGGUCUGCGCCGCGGCACGUCGGACAGCGAGCAUGGCAAAGGUGCGGGGUCGUGA